GCAUCAAGGGGACCGAUGAUUUCCACUAAGAAAGAUGGUGAAGCAAAAAUAAAUGGAACAAAUUCAGCAGUUGAUAAGGCUGAUUUAACUGGCAUUAAAUGGAAACGAUACGUAUGGCAGGGCCCAACAUCUGCCCCAAUUCUCUUUCCUGUAACGGAAGAAGACCCCAUUCUGAGCAGUUUCAGUCGCUGUCUGAAGGCCGACGUACUGAGUGUUUGGCGGCGCGAUCAGAGACCUGGACGCAGAGAGCUGUGGAUAUUUUGGUGGGGCGAUGACCCCAACUUUGCUGACCUUAUUCAUCAUGACCUGGCAGAAGAGGAAGAUGGCGUAUGGGAGAACGGACUUUCCUACGAAUGUCGCACUCUGCUUUUUAAGGCAGUUCACAACCUGUUGGAGCGGUGUUUAAUGAACCGGAAUUUUGUGCGCAUUGGGAAAUGGUUCGUGAAGCCUUACGAGAAAGAUGAAAAACCUAUUAACAAAAGUGAGCACUUGUCCUGCUCCUUCACCUUUUUCUUGCAUGGGGACAGCAAUGUCUGCACCAGUGUGGAAAUCAGUCAGCAUCAACCUGUGUACCUGCUUAGCGAGGAGCACCUCACUCUGGCCCAGCAGUCAAACAGCCCUUUUCAAGUUAUUCUAAGUCCUUUUGGAUUAAAUGGCACGCUCACAGGACAGUCAUUCAAGCUGUCGGACUCGUCCACAAAAAAGCUUAUUGGUGAAUGGAAACAGUUCUAUCCCAUCACAUCUAACUUGAAGGAGGGCUCUGAGGAAAAACAAGAAGAGAUGGAUUGGGAAGAUGAUUCUCUGGCUGCUGUGGAAGUCCUUGUUGCGGGUGUGCGAAUGGUCUACCCAGCAUGCUUUGUCUUAGUUCCUCAAACAGAUAUCCCUGCUCCUAGUACUGUUGGGGCUUCUCAUUGUUCAACUACUUGCUUGGGUGUCCACCAAGUGCCUGCUACCACCAGAGAUCCUGCCAUGUCUUCAGUAACUCUAACUCCACCUACGUCCCCAGAGGAAGUUCAGACAGCAGUUGAUGCUCAGUCUGCCCAGAAGUGGGUGAAGUUUUCUUCCGUUUCCGAUGGUUUUAGCUCUGACAGUACUAGCCACCAUGGUGGCAAAAUCCCAAGAAAACUAGCCAAUCAGGUGGUGGAUCGAGUUUGGCAAGAAUGCAAUAUGAACAGAGCACAGAACAAGAGGAAGUAUUCUGCUACAUCAAAUGGCUUAUGCGAUGAAGAGACAGUUGACAAAGUAGCCUCCUGGGAUUUUGUUGAAGCCACACAGAGGACAAAUUGCAAUUGUUCAAGGCACAAAAAUCUCAAACCAAGAAAUUCAGGGCAGCAGGGGCAGGCGCCGCCCGCAAGCCAGCAGCAGCAAGCGGCUCCAAAGCACAAGACAAAUGAGAAGCAAGACAAGGGGGAUAAGCCGCAAAAACGCCCUUUGACUCCUUUCCACCAUCGUGUCUCUAUUAGUGACGAUGUUGCCAUGGAGGCAGAAUCAGCGAGUCAGAGGCUUGUGAUCACAGCACCAGACAGUCAAGUGAGAUUUUCAAAUAUCAGAACUAACGAUGUAGCAAAGACUCCUCAGAUGCAUGGCACUGAAAUGGCAAAUUCACCUCAACCACCACCGCUUAGUCCUCACCCUUGUGAUGUAGUUGAUGAAGGGGUAACUAAAACUCCUUCUACUCCUCAGAGCCAGCAUUUCUAUCAGAUGCCAACACCAGAUCCCUUGGUUCCUUCAAAAGCAAUGGAAGACAGGAUAGAUGGCUUGUCCCAGUCUUUCCCAGCUCAGUUCCCAGAAGUCAUAGAACCCACAAUAUACAUUGGUACUGCAGUGAAUCUGGAAGAAGAUGAAGCUGAUAACACUUGGAAGUAUUAUAAAGUUCCAAAGAAAAAGGAUGUGGAAUUCUUACCGCCCCCGCUCCCCUGCGACAAAUUCAGAGACGAUCCAGUGGUACCUGCUGGACAGGAAAACCUCACAUCCGUUACAGAAUUAAUGGUGCAAUGUAGGAAGCCUUUAAAGGUUUCAGAUGAACUGGUGCAGCAGUAUCAGAGUAAAAAUCAGUACCUAGCAGCAGUAGUAUCUGAAACUGACCAAGAACCUGAAAUUGAUCCAUACGCAUUUGUUGAUGGUGAUGUGGAAUUCCUUUUUCCCGAUAAUAAAAAAGAGAGGCAGAACAAUGAACGGGAAACUGGGAAAAAACACAAGGCUGAAGAUGGGACACCUAAUGUUACAGUUUUAUCCCAUGAAGGAAAGGAUGCUAUGUCACUGUUUAGUCCUUCUGUCAAGCCAGAACAACGUACUGCUGCUCAUGCUCGUACUGCAUCAACUAGCCUAAUUCAUGAAACAGACUUGGUGGUCUCUUACACUGACCUUGACAAUCUCUUCAACUCUGAUGAAGAUGAAUUAACACCUGGAUCUAAAAGAACUGUGAAUGGCUCAGAUGACAAACCCAACUGCAAAGAGUCAAAAACAGGAAAUCUUGACCCCCUGUCAUGCAUAAGUACUGCAGAUCUUCAUAAGAUGUAUCCAACACCACCAUCUCUGGAACAGCAUAUUAUGGGUUUUUCCCCAAUGAAUAUGAAUAAUAAAGAAUAUGGCAGCAUGGACACUACACUUGGAGGAACUGUACUUGAAGGGAAUAGCUCAAGCAUAGGAGCUCAAUUCAGAAUUGAAGUAGAUGAGGGGUUCUGCAGUCCAAAACCUUCUGAAAUCAAAGAUUAUUCUUAUGUUUACAAGCCUGAAAUUUGUCAGGCUUUGGUAGGAUGUUCCAUGUUUGCACCGCUGAAGACUCUCCCUAGCCAGUGUCUCCCUCCUAUCAAACUGCCAGAAGAGUGCAUUUACCGUCAAAGCUGGGCUGUUGGAAAGCUGGAGCUACUUCCUCCAGGACCUGCCAUGCCGUUUAUCAAAGAGGGUGAUGGAAGCACUAUGGAUCAAGAGUAUGGUCCUGCCUACACCCCACAGACUCAUACUCCGUUCGGGAUGCCGCCAAACAGUGCCCCUCCCAGCAACAGCGGAGCAGGAAUUCUCCCUUCCCCAUCCACCCCUCGGUUCCCAACUCCUAGAACACCAAGGACACCUCGCACCCCUCGUGGAGGCGGUGGACCUGCCAGUGCUCAAGGUUCGGUCAAAUAUGAGAAUUCAGACUUGUAUUCACCAGCUUCCACACCAUCAACAUGUCGGCCCCUUAAUUCUGUGGAACCUGCAACUGUACCUUCCAUCCCUGAGGCUCACAGUCUUUACGUGAAUCUCAUCCUCUCAGAGUCGGUAAUGAAUCUCUUCAAAGACUGUAACUUUGACAGCUGCUGCAUCUGUGUCUGCAACAUGAACAUCAAAGGUGCUGACGUUGGAGUAUACAUUCCAGAUCCAACGCAAGAGAUUCAGUAUAGGUGUACCUGUGGCUUCAGUGCUGUCAUGAAUAGAAAGUUUGGCAACAACUCUGGGCUGUUCCUUGAAGAUGAGUUGGAUAUUCUAGGGCGUAAUACAGAAGGCGGCAAAGAAGCAGAAAAACGUUUUGAAGCCCUCCGAGCUACUUCGGUUGAGCAUGGUGGUGGUGGAUUGAAAGAACCUGAGAAAUUGCCUGAUGAGUUAAUACUGUUGCUGCAAGAUCAGUGCACCAAUUUGUUUUCACCGUUUGGAGCAGCAGAUCAAGAUCCCAUACCCAAAGUUGGUGCAGUUAGCAACCUAGUACGUGUAGAAGAACGGGAUUGUUGCAAUGACUGCUACCUAGCAUUGGAGCAUGGACGCCAGUUCAUGGACAAUAUGUCAGGAGGAAAAGUUGAUGAAGCACUUGUGAAAAGUACUUGCUUGCAUCACUGGUCAAAAAGAAAUGUGGUGGAUGUGAGCAUGCAGUGUUCACAGGACAUCCUUCGCAUGCUCCUCUCACUACAGCCAGUUCUCCAGGACGCUAUUCAGAAAAAGCGAACAGUCCGAUCUUGGGGUGUGCAAGGCCCUCUCACCUGGCAGCAGUUUCACAAAAUGGCUGGCAGAGGCUCCUAUGGAACUGACGAGUCCCCAGAACCACUGCCAAUUCCAACCUUUUUGCUGGGAUACGAUUAUGACUUUCUGGUGCUGUCUCCAUUUGCCUUGCCAUACUGGGAGAGGCUGAUGUUGGAACCCUAUGGAUCUCAAAGAGAUGUUGCUUAUGUUGUGGUGUGUCCUGAAAACGAAGCCCUGCUGAAUGGAGCAAAAAGCUUCUUUAGGGAUCUGACUGCAAUUUAUGAGUCCUGUAGACUUGGCCAGCAUAGACCUAUCUGUAAACUGCUGCCUGACGGGAUCAUGAGAGUAGGAUCCACUGCUUCAAAGAAACUUUCUGAGAAGUUGGUUGCAGAAUGGUUCUCUCAGGCAGCCAAUGCCAACAAUGAAGCAUUUUCCAAACUCAAGCUGUAUGCGCAAGUUUGCAGAUAUGAGCUGGGUCCUUACCUUGCCUCUCAGCCACUAGACAGUUCUUUGCUUUCUCAGAUAAAUCUAGUUCCCCCAACAAGCCAAUCUGUAUCCACACAGCCUCAAGCAGCAGGUAACACUGGAAACUCCAACACUCCUUCAUCCACCCCUGUAGCUGCUACCAGUAGUACCAUGACUUCAAACAGUGCCAUGUCUUCUGCAGCUACUACAACUAAUUCAACUCUGACCACUACUGCUGCUUCAUCCUCUUCCACCAACAUAGGCAGUGGGCUAUCAGCAAACAAACCUUCCUCGUUUCCACCUUUUAGCAGCAUGAACAGUACUACUUCUGCCUCCCUGCCAACACAAGCUACAACAGUCCAGAAUGGGCAGCCAGGGGGACAACAGCAACAGGCAACUCUGCAAGCUGCUGGGAUACCUGGGGAAGCCUCCUCUGCCCCUGCACAGCCGCACCCUGAAGUCUCAGAAAGCACUAUGGAUCGUGAUAAAGUUGGAGUCCCAACAGAUGGAGAUUCUCAUGCUAUCACGUACCCACCUGCAAUAGUAAUUUAUAUAAUUGAUCCUUUUACGUACGAGAGGAAGGAUGAGAACAGUAGCUCAUCCAGUGUGUGGACCCUUGGGCUGCUUCGUUGCUUUAUGGAGAUGGUUCAGAUUCUUCCUUCCAGCAUCAGGAAUAUAGUUUCUGUGCAGAUUGUCCCAUGUCAGUACCUGUUACAACCUGUGAAGCAUGAAGAUCGGCAAAUCUACACCCAGCAUUUAAAAUCCCUGGCAUUUUCGGCAUUUACCCAGUGCCGAAGGCCUCUUCCCACUUCAACCAAUGUGAAAACUUUGACUGGUUUCGGCCCGGGGUUAGCAAUGGAAACGGCUCUUAAGAGCCCAGAUAGGCCAGAGUGUAUUCGACUCUAUACUCCUCCUUUUAUACUGGCCCCUGUAAAGGACAAGCAAACAGAGCUUGGAGAAACUUUUGGAGAGGCUGGACAGAAGUAUAAUGUACUUUUUGUGGGCUACUGUUUAUCUCACGAUCAAAGAUGGCUUCUUGCAUCAUGUACAGAUCUCUAUGGAGAACUGUUAGAAACUUGCAUAAUUAAUAUUGAUGUACCAAACAGAGCGCGCAGGAAAAAGGGUUCUGCCCGCCGACUUGGUCUCCAGAAACUCUGGGACUGGUGCUUGGGACUUGUACAAAUGAGCUCUUUGCCCUGGAGGGUUGUGAUAGGUCGUCUGGGAAGGAUCGGUCAUGGAGAACUAAAAGAUUGGAGCUGUUUGCUGAGUCGCCGAAACCUCCAGUCCCUCAGCAAGAGACUAAAAGACAUGUGUAGGAUGUGUGGGAUAUCUGCUGCAGACUCUCCCAGCUUUCUCAGUGCUUGCUUGGUUGCAAUGGAACCACAGGGGUCUUUUAUUAUUAUGCCAGAUUCCGUAUCAACAGGGUCUGUGUUUGGGCGCAGCACCACUCUAAAUAUGCAGACAUCUCAGCUGAAUACCCCACAGGACACGUCAUGCACUCACAUACUGGUGUUCCCUACAUCCGCUUCUGUGCAAGUAGCAUCGUCGACCUAUACCACUGAAAAUUUGGACCUGGCCUUCAAUACAAACAAUGAUGGAGCAGAUGGAAUGGGUAUCUUUGAUUUGUUAGACACUGCAGAUGAACUUGAUCCUGAUAUUAUUAAUAUCCUUCCUGCAUCCCCCACUGGGUCCCCUGUACAUUCACCGGGAUCCCAUUACCCUCAUGGAGGUGAUAUGGGCAAGGGUCAAAGUACAGAUCGAUUGCUUUCCACGGAAUCUCACGACGAAGUAACAAAUAUUCUACAACAACCAUUGGCCCUUGGUUACUUUGUGUCAACUGCCAAAGCAGGUCCAUUGCCUGACUGGUUUUGGUCAGCAUGUCCUCAAGCACAAAAUCAGUGUCCCUUGUUUCUUAAGGCCUCUCUGCACCUCCAUGUGCCUUCAGUGCAAUCUGACGAGCUACUCCACAGUAAACACUCCCACCCGCUUGAUUCUAAUCAAACUUCUGAUGUCCUCAGGUUUGUUUUGGAACAGUACAAUGCACUCUCCUGGCUAACCUGUGAUCCUGCAACCCAGGACAGACGGUCGUGUCUCCCAGUUCAUUUUGUGGUGCUGAAUCAAUUGUAUAACUUUAUCAUGAAUAUGCUGUGAUCUUCAUCUGAACUUUGCAAGAAAAGAACAAGGAAAAGGGAUAUUUCAUUGCAGGACUAAGUUACACUUCUCAGUGCAAGUCAUUUGUGAUGGGGUAUAAUUCUUGUUACUUCCAACAAAUAUUGUUUUGACUUGUGAUGGGGCACAUAUAACCCUGCUGUCUUUGUUUCAUUGACUAUACAGGACUCUUUAGAAUGAUGAUCAGACAAAAUGUAUUAUAACAUUUUUAGUAGCAAAAUUAACCAUUUUCCCCAGUCACAGUAUUUGUGAAAAGUAAUGAGCCAUAGUACCCAGUCAUGUUUAAUGAAUAUUAAAAGCAUGGAGAUGAGAAGAGACAUGAGGAACCAUAAGUUUCUACCUAUGGCUUCAGAACAUCAAGAUGUUCUUGUAUUGGAUUAUAGUACCUAGUAUUCGAAAAUGCCUGCAUCUCUCUUAUUUAUUGUAAGUUUUUAAAUGUAUAAAUUGUCUUAUAUUUCUUAACCUCUUUUAUAAAAAUUUUCCUAGAAGGUUUAUACUGCCUUCUUGCUUUAAAGCAAUUGGUCUAAAAUAUAUGUAAUCGUCUUAAUUAAAAGUUGCAGUAGGUUGCUUUUAGAGUAUUAUUUUUUUGUAAGGGGGUGGGUGGGGACAGUAAAUUUGUAUUGUCUUGAUGUACAGUUUAAUGGGGAUAGAGGGGUUAAUGUCCAUACCAUUGUGUGUGGGGGAUUUACAGCUAAGCUGUAGUUGCAGAGUACAUGUACAGUAAUGAAGUUCACUGUGUUUAUAUAAAUUGAAAAGGUACCGGGUCUUACAGCAUUUUAUAUCACACCUUUACAGAGUAACAAUGGCAAUAUAUAAGUGAUAUUGUAGGUGGUUUAACUUGUAGUGAGAAUAAAAUGAAUAAACUCUCAAUUUAAUUUUGUGUUAUGGCUCAGAACUUUGGCUAGCUUCAGGCUCCAGUUGCUGGGUUUAUUUAGUCCAAGAAUACCUGCUACGCAGUGUGUAGCUAACCAGGAGUUCUUGGCAUUGCGUUCUUGCAUUCUUUAAGAUACAUAUUUCAUUGCAAAGAUGAAACCGAACAUCCAGGCAUGGGAAAAAACAUGAGGAAAUUACCCCCAAGUCUCCUGUAAGGCUGAAACUUAGCUCAGCUCUAGCCAUUUCACAAAUGCAAAAACAGUCAAUCUUGACUUUAAGAUUGGUGUGUGUUUAACUAAAAUGUGGUGUAUAUAGAUUCUCAGUGAAUUCUGGUAUUCAGACCAAACUCCACUAGUAAAAAAAAAAAAAAAAAAGAAAAAAAAAUCCAUUUUCCUUUUUAAUCUAUUUUUGGCACUGUGGUGAAGGUCCCAGGUAAUCAUUGUAUGAGUUUUUUCCGCCUCUGAUUCCAGCCAGGGCAUGUGCCAAGGAGGCUCAAAACUCCCUGAGGAAGGGACUCAGGAGGCUUUCAUAUACCUCUUCUCCCUCUACAAUCAGCAGCUUUCUUCACUUAACACUUUUCCUUUUACUUGCACAUGCCAAAUCAGUAAUGCUUCUCUAAAACGGCCCCUACGGGUGCCCACGAGCAAUUCCUUUCUCAUGGUUCCUUGUCCUCCGACCCCCAGCUUAAGAAUUUACUUCUGCAGCGUCCUUCUCAGCUGAAUGUGGGAACCCAUGAUAACCGAGCACCCGGGUCUCACUGGACAAACCGAGCCAUCCGUUUUGCCAGUUAAGCCUUUUAAAGGAGCAAGACUUAAGAUCCCUUUGUGCACCCACUGCUAAAUCCUCUACAAGGACAAAGUCGUUUGUAUUUACAAAACUGGAUUUGGUAGUUUGUACAGAAAAUCAUGUUUUGUGAAUACAAAAUGUUUGCCUGAAAUAUCACUUUUCAUAUGAACAAACAUCAAACCUCUUUGAAUUGUGUAUAUACAAUACUAGCGACCUUUGUGGUUUUGUAUGAAGAAAAUGUACAAUUGGUGACAAAGGUUUUCAGUCACUUCUUCAAAACAACAUUAGUGCAAUCAGAAGUCAGCAUAUUUUGAUAUUAAAGUAAAAAAACUGGGUGUCUGCAUUAUUAGUAUUUUUUUUAUUAUGCUAAUGCAUCACAGAUUGAGUAGCAUGUUACUUUGUUUGAGAGCAUUUUUUCACGUGGCUGAGAUCUGAGGGGGGAAAAUGCUCUUUAGCCUGGAAUCUUCAAAGCUUCCUUCCUUUUUUUUUUUUUUUUAGCUGGUUACUUUUAAACCUGUCUUAAUGUUAAUGAACCUCUUUAGCGUGGAACUUGUUAGCAGUGGGCUGUUUAAAAUGUGACUGACUUGUAUUCAUCAGGUAAGUGAGCCAGUUGCCUGAACAGCGGGGUCCCGAUCAUUGUGCAGUCAUGCUAACCUUCUGUGAAAUAUACCACUAGUAUUUUUCAAAUACAGUAAAAACGGAAAUUAAAAUACUGUAACCACUAGAAGAGAUCAGGAGGCCCUUCUGAUGAGUCUUUUUAGAAACCGUUUAUGCUGGGAGAUUUUUCCUGGCUUGGCAUCUUUUUGCCAACAGCGUACAUAUCAAAACUGCCAGCACUGAGGAGCUAAGGUACUUGUUUUACUUCUAAAUAAAUGACUUUCACCUUACGAAUCAAUUUGCCUAAUGAUAUCAAUCCCACUGUUUAAAGUGCAUAUAAUUACUGAUGUAAUAAUAAUACUGUGACAGCCAGCUAACAAGAUAAUUUAUACUGAUCACUGACAGGUUCAGCUGCAACGUCUGUACUUACCAUUGCUCCUGACAGCUCUUAUUAAGUAGUAGUUGUGGAACUUUUAUUAAAUGUAUUGGCUACACAUGGGAUUCUUCCAGCCAGUCAAAAAGGAAAAAAAAAUCUAGCCAUACUCUAUUUAUGCAAGCCAUUCAGUUAUCUGGGCUGGGCUGUAACAGUGUAUGGAUUAGACUCCUUGUACACACUAUGGUUUGGCCCCUUGGCUACCCAGUGUACUUGCGUAUGGCCCUUGCAUUUUAAAGUAAACGUCAUUUUUAAAACUUUCUAACCCUUUCAGAAUAAAAUUAAAAUUUUAAAUCCUCAGCUAUAUUCUUACUCAGCUGUCAGUAUGGCACAGAUUAUGAUGCUCUCCUUUCAUCUUCACAUUUACCUUCUAUGAUUUUUUUUUUUUUAAACCAUGUGUUGCUGCAAAGAUUUGCAGAUGUCUUUAAUUGAGCACUAUUAAUACUGUAAUAUCAAAAUAUUAUGUUGCAUUAUUUAAAAAUUCAAAAUGUAAUAGAGGAAAAGGUUUUAAAAAAUGCUAUUGCACCAUAUAGUUCGCUGCACAACAGUCUAUGGCAUAGCAUAUCAGUCGGUUUUAAUAUUAUCCAUGUAAUGUUUUGAUCUGGGUUUCUUCUGAGAAUCCAGUUUCUCAGCUGAGAGUUUUGUCUCGCAGUAUCUCUUAAACACAAAGGUGGACAGUGAGUGUCUGUGUCUCUCUCUCUUUCUCUCUCGUACUAAUUGAAAGACCCAGAACUACACUUAACUGUUUAGAAAACCUUAUUUGGGGGUGUACUCUUUAUUUUCAAUGGAGUAAAACUUCAUUUACAGUAAAACUGGAUUUGGGACCUACAACAAUCCUCAGGGUCACUUUUUCAGAAGUUUUAAUAUAGCUUUAGGGGUUGUUUUUUUUUUUCCAAAUAAACUGGAUUUGUGGACCUUGUAAACCUAUUUAAAUUGCAAAUUGUGGCAUCAUUACUGGACAUGUCAGCUUCAAGAAAGCUUCUCCCACCAGCUGGGUCACUUUAAGAAGGGGAGUGUCUAAGUUCUCGCUCAGCCGCGACACGAAAUGGUCCAAGUCGUCUUAUUUAACGUGACAGGAAAAUGAAAUAAGGAACAAAAACAAACAAACAAAAAAACACUAUUGCUGCCGAAUGCCAUAAACACUGAGUUGUACAAAUUGUGAUUGAGGAAAUGAAAAGGUUUAUACUUUUUAAAAAAAAAAAUUCAAAUGGAAUAAAUUAUUCAUGAAGCCUU